GCAUCUUAGUCUCGGUGCUGCUCUCCGCUGCCACCGCCCACGUGCGCGGUGGUCCAGCGGAGCGGAGCACACCUUCCCGCUUGUGGCAUUUGGGGGCUUUCCCCUCAAAUUUUUUUCUCUUUACUUUUUGUAUAAGGGGGAAAAGUUGAGUCGAAAGUGCCCACCAAUUGUCACCUCCCAUUAUCCUUCAUUCCCUCCCCACUUUUUUUUUUUUUUAAAGCAGUGUCAACGCUUUUUAGUGUCUAUUUUGUUUUACGAUCGGUAGUUUCCCUUGCUUGGUCCCGGCGGCGGCUGAUCCGCGGAGUAGCGUGGACCUCAUGUAGAAAUGACAGCAAUGGAAGGGGCCAGCGGGUCGAGUUUUGGAAUAGACACUAUUUUGUCCGGUGCCGGUUCCGGGAGCCCCGGCAUGAUGAACGGGGAUUUCCGAUCGCUCGGUGAAGCGAGGACAACGGAUUUUAGGAGCCAGGCCACCCCGUCACCCUGUUCGGAGAUUGAUACCGUGGGAACGGCGCCCUCUUCACCGAUCUCGGUCACCCUGGAACCCCCGGAGCCGCAUCUUGUGACAGACGGACCCCAGCAUCACCAUCACCUCCACCACAGCCAACAGCCGCCGCCACCAUCCGCGGUCCCCGCGCAAAGUUUGCAGCCUUCGCCCCAACAGCAACCGCCGCCGCAGCCGCAGUCAGCAGCCCAGCAGCUGGGCUCGGCCGCCGCGGCCCCCAGGACUUCCACCUCUUCCUUUUUAAUUAAGGACAUCUUGGGAGACAGCAAACCCCUGGCGGCUUGUGCACCCUACAGCACCAGCGUUUCUUCUCCUCAUCACACCCCGAAGCAGGAGAGCAACGCGGCACACGAGAGCUUCAGGCCAAAGCUUGAGCAGGAGGACGGCAAAACCAAGCUGGACAAGAGAGAAGACCCCCAGAGCGACAUCAAAUGCCACGGAACAAAGGAGGAAGGAGACCGGGAGAUUACAAGUAGCCGAGAGAGUCCCCCCGUGAGAGCCAAGAAACCUCGAAAGGCCAGGACAGCUUUCUCAGACCACCAGCUCAACCAGCUGGAGCGUAGCUUUGAGCGGCAGAAGUACCUAAGUGUCCAGGACCGAAUGGACCUGGCGGCCGCACUCAACCUCACUGACACCCAAGUCAAGACCUGGUACCAGAACCGAAGAACCAAGUGGAAGCGGCAGACUGCAGUGGGCCUGGAGCUGCUAGCCGAGGCCGGGAACUACUCCGCGCUGCAGAGGAUGUUUCCGUCGCCUUAUUUCUAUCACCCAAGCCUGCUGGGGAGCAUGGACAGCACCACGGCGGCGGCGGCGGCCGCGGCCAUGUACAGCAGCAUGUACCGAACUCCUCCAGCACCUCAUCCGCAGCUGCAGCGGCCGCUGGUACCCCGCGUGCUCAUCCACGGCCUGGGGCCUGGGGGACAGCCGGCCCUCAACCCUUUGUCCAACCCCAUCCCAGGCACCCCGCAUCCCCGGUGAGGAAGGAGGGACAGGAGGGACAGUGCCACAGCCCUCCAGGUUCCCACCUCACCCCGGACGGCUGCCCCGCCUCUUCCCGCACCAAACCAACUGGAAUAGAGGCAGAGGAGUAAAAGGGGGAGCUCACCGGUGGGCUGGGGUCCCCAAGGACCAGCCAGCUCUCAGAUCUCCAUCUGCCCACUCAGAGGCAGGGCUGCAAAGCUCCCCGAGUGUGACUGGAGAAAAUACUGAAAAGUGCAACCAGUAAGUGAAAACACCCAUCCACCCACACAUACACACACACACACACACACACACACACACACACACACACACACACACACACACACAAAACGAACCCUCGAGUUCUUUCUUUCUUUCUUUUUUUUUUCUUUUAAACAAAAUGACUUUAGGGACAUGCAGCAGGGAGGGAGGGGGGAGGGCAAAGAGGGGAGAGACUGGAUGGAGAGGAGCCUUCGGGCAGAGAGAAUUGUUACUGGACAGAAGCCUGAAGUUCACCCCCAGGCAGAAGGUGGUACCCUGGACAUCCAGUCUGCCUCAGAGCAGAGGAGGGUGAUGGAGAACUUUGCACUGAUUUUUCAUGAGCUUUUUUUUUUUCUUUUGGAAAAGUGGCAUGCUACAUAAUAUGAAAAAAAUGUACAUUUGAAAGACUGAGCGAUGAGUGAUAUAUCAUAUUUAUUAUAUGUUGUCCAAAAAAGAGUCACUUAUAUACGUCAGUAAUAACAUGACUUUUCUUUUCAUGUCUUUUUGAUUCAGUAAAAUAAAUGCUUAGACAAAAGUAUAGAUUUUUUGUGAUUGAAAAUUACAAAAAUAAAGUUUAUCUUUUUUUAACAA